AUGACUACACCGCCAGCAUGGGCCAUGCCCUCAGGAGAAGCAAGAGGUGUAUUACGAGAGGCCAUCCAAGCCUGUAACGAGCGUGGACUCUACUUUGCCGCACGCUGGGCAGCAGAAGCACUCAACGGACUUCCUGCAAUCGACCAUGAAGACUCCAAGGACGAUGAUCCGCGGGUGCCAGCCACACGAUCAACUACAGCAGCAGGAACAGCCUCAUCAUCAACAAUAACGAACUCUGAGCGCUAUGUCUCGAUGUACGCGGAAGAACUUGGUUUGGACGCUGCGACAGGACAGCCCGCAGGAAUGUACACCGCUGAGUAUGACACCUACCUGAUGGCCAAGACCUUUUUCGAUCUCAAGGAGUAUGAUCGGUGUGCUGCCAUUCUUGAGAAAUGCGAGAGUAACAAGUCGCGGUUCCUGAGACUCUAUUCAAAGUACCUUGUCGGCGAGAAGCGGCGGGAACAGGAUACACGGGAGGUUCUCGGUCCACUGGACAACGGGAUGGCGGUCAACAAGGAGAUUGAGAAGAUCGACACGGAGCUGGCUGAAGGCUACCAAGCAGGUACUCUGGACGCAUUCUGCAAGUAUUUGUACGGGAUUGUGUUGAUCAAGAGGCAGAGAAAGACCCUGGCGGUGGUAGUUUUGACCGAAUCUGUCAACCAAUAUCCCUACAACUGGAGCGCAUGGCUGGACCUUGGUCCUUGUCUGCCCUCAUUAGCCGCCAUUACAAAGAUCAAACCGGCGUUGCCUGUCAGUUUUAUGACUUCUUACUUCCUUCUGCAUACCACACUGGAAUAUGUCAGUCAUCAACAGGAAGAAGGCGUUGUUUGGCUGGAGGAACUGAUGGAAACCUUUCCGCGAAGUGCCUUUGUCAAAUGUGAACGAGCUUUAGUCCUCUAUCACGCCCGAGAUUUCCCGGAGGCGGACAAGGUGUUUGAGGAAGUGGUCAAGGAGAACCCGCAUCGACUGGAUAGCUUGGAUGUCUUUUCGAACGUAUUGUUUACGACAGGGAAACGGGCAAGACUAAGCUUCCUAGCACACAGCUGUGCAAUGACCGACAACUACCGACCUGAGACAUGUUGUGUCAUUGGAAACUACUACAGUAUGAAGGGCGAGCAUGAGAAUGCUGUUGUGUACUUCAAACGUGCGCUGCGGUUCAACAGGAGCUAUGCAUCAGCGUGGACGUUGCUUGGACAUGAAUACAUGGAGAUGAAGAAUGCCUACGCCGCUGUUGAAGCCUACCGGCGAGCCGUUGAUUACGACCAGCGGGACUUUAGGGCGUGGAAUGGACUGGGUCAGACAUAUGAGACGCUCAAGAUGCAUUACUACGCGCUAAACUAUUACCAGAGAGCUACGGCGAUUCGGCCAUACGAUGGAAGGAUCUGGUGUGCGAUGGGUCAGUGUUACGAAUCAUUGGACCAGGAUCUGGCGGCUAUCAAGUGUUAUACCCGGGCGUUGCUUGGACCUGACCAAGAAAAGACGGCACUGAAGAAGCUGCCUAAGCUGUACAAAAAGAUUGGCGAAUCUGAGGCGGCCGCGCAUUACUUUCGCAAAAGUCUCGAGCAAUUCCGAGAAGAGCAGAGCGAAUCGGACGACAAGGCAGAGGCAUGUCUGUUUCUGGCAUUGUACGAGCGCGGCAAGGGGAAUCUGGAGGACGCAUUGGAGUAUGCGAAAGAAGCUAUGCAGUGCUCGUCCGAGUCGCACCAGGAAGACGCCAAUGCACUCACGCGCGAUAUUCGUAGUGCUCAAGAUGCUGCCAGGUCGAACGAGAUAGAUUAG